GAAGGCAAACGGAGAGAAAACCUGAUAAUGGGGAUGGACCUCUGAAGCCCGCACCCAUCUCAAAAUCAGAGUAAAACCCUUGAGGAUUGAGCCUAAAACCCUAAAAGGAUGGAGAGGGAAGGAGGAGGAGGAGAAGAUGAUAUUGUGUGCUUGGAUGGGUCCUUUUUCAUCAACGACGAUUACCAGCUCACCAAAUUCACAUUUGGGUCUCAAGUUCUUGAGCUCUUUUGUCUCCACUCUGCUUCAACUGAUUUUGAUUUGACAGGACAAUUGGUAUGGCCUGGUGCCAUGUUGUUGAAUGAUUAUCUUUCAAAGAAUGCUGAGAUUCUCCGAGGAUGUUCUGUUAUUGAGUUAGGCUCUGGUGUUGGUGUUACUGGAAUUCUCUGCAGCAGAUUUUGCUGUGAAGUUGUGUUGACUGACCAUAAUGAGGAAGUCCUCAAGAUCCUGAACAAAAAUAUAGAGCUCCAUACAUCUUCUGAGAAUCAUAAUUGCACUGGACUGGUAGCCAAAAAGCUAGAAUGGGGAAGUUCUGCCCAGAUCAAACAAAUUUUAGACGAACAUUCGGGGGGUUUUGACCUCGUUCUUGGAGCGGACAUAUGCUUUCAGCAGUCUAGCAUUCCCUUACUUUUUGAUACUGUGGCACAGCUCCUACAUGUUAGAAGAGGACAAUGCAAAUUCAUUCUUGCCUAUGUAUCACGAGCUAAGAUCUUGGAUGCAAUGGUUACAAAUGAAGCUAUUAGUCAUGGGAUGCAGAUAAGUGAGGUAGUUGGGACCCGAACUAUAGUGGGAAAUCUUGAGGGAGUUAUAUAUGAGAUCACUCUUCAGUAGGAGCAUCAGAAUGUUUAAAACUUUUAAGCUUAAUGUCUACAUUAAGGUUGAUGGAUCUUGAUGCUGAUCAGCAAGCAAUGGAGAUCUAUCCUACCCUUUGAAGAAAUUUCUAAGUUCCAACUCAAACUCUGCAUGAUGAGAGUUUCUUGGAUUUAUACUGCAAGAAUCACAUGUUUAUCUUCUUCCCUUUUUUUUUUUGUUCAAUAAGAAUUCCAUUUAUAAGUUUGAUUGCUUUUUAACUUGAAAGUAGGGGCUGUUAUCUGAUACAAAUUCCAUGAUUUUCAGCAAGUACAAAUCUUAUUGUACAUAGCAGGAUAAUAUGUCAAAAUUGAGAUAAUAUGUUACAAGAGUC